AUGCCCAACACAAAAAGAAGGUGCAAAGGCGACGCUGUAAAGCUAAUCGGGAGGCAUUCAACCAGAGACGGUGAAAAACCACCCACUUCCAAAGCAGCGGCGGCUGUCAGUGAGGUAGCCAAGAAGCACUUGACAGUGGCGGUUACUGAUCGCAGUAACCCGUUGGGACGAAUAACGCAGGAACAAUGGAAGGUAGUUGAAAGGAAACUACUGGAGGCUUUGUUCGCAAAAAUUGACGCUGAUCCGAGCGCAGCAGUGCCUACAUUUGAUGGAGCAGGUUGGUUCAGCGGCGUCAAGUUAUUAAAAUGUAAAGACGAUCCCACUCUUAUAUGGGUUAAGGAAGCGGUGAAGAAACUUCAAGGCCUAUGGGUAGGGGCAUCUCUUGAAAUCGUGGAUCGGAGUUGCAUACCAACGGUACCGAAAGCUAAGGUGCUGAUACCGCGCACGGUAUAUCCAGAGUAUGCCUUAAAACUCCUGCAAUGA